AUGGUUGCCAAUGCCAAUAUCACCAUGGACGACCCAAAGGUCAAGACGGUUCACUGCGCUGGGAGUCCAUUUGAGAUUGGCUUUACGCACGGCAGCUCGGCGUCAGCAGAGGUUCAUCAAAAUGUUGCAACUUACACCAUGUUCUUCCGAGAAACGGCCAAACUGACGUGGGCACAAGCACGAGAACGAGCCAUCUCACGGUUCUUACCGACAAUCAAGAUGCAAUGGCCCGAGAUUGUGGAGGAAAUGCAAGGCAUUGCAGAAGGUGCCGGAGGUGGCCUGACCCUGGACGACAUUGUCACUCUCAAUGUCCGGACUGAGAUCGCCUUCACAAACUACACCGAUGGUUGUACGUCGAUCGGUCAAGCCGCCGAAGGAGGGAAGAUGUUCCUGGCGCAGAAUUGGGACAUGAUCCCCGAGCUCCAGCAAGGAAUGGUCUUCCUCCACAUUGCACCUGCUGGGUCACCAAUUGUCUUGAGAUUCAACGGUGAAGCCGGGAUAGUGGGCAAGAUAGGAAUGAACAGCGCCGGGUUCGGGCUGUGCAUGAACGCUCUUCGGUCCGCAGCUCUGAACCCGAAUAACAUGCCCGUACAUGUCAUGUCCCGGCGCCUCCUGCAGUACGCGACAAGCUACGACGACGCCAUUGCGAUUAUUGAAAAAUUCGGCGUCGCCAGCUCCAUCAACUAUUUGCUUGCGGACAAGAAUGGCAAGCAUGGUGACCUGGAAUGCUCGCCGGUGGGCAAGUUUCUCAUCGUGCCUCAGAAAGGCUAUGUCGCCCACAGCAACCACUUCUACGGGCCAGGCCGUCCAAGCACACUGAUUGACCAUCCUGCUGCCGACUCACUCACGCGACUCGCGCGGCUCCAGGAGCUUACCGAACAGGAUAUGCGCCAGGGACUGCCUACGACUUUCGACUCUCUCCGGGCUAGGUUCUCAGAUGAGCAGAGCACGCCACCCGCGAUUUGCAGGGCUGUCCCUCCUGGAGCGGUGGGAAUUGACCGGAUCAUCACGCUGAGUACCAUAAUCAUGGAAUUGACAAGCUGCACCGCCAAAGUCACGAUCGGCAGGCCCUGUGACGACCUUCCUGUUGUGAACUGGUCUUUCUAA